CUGCUGGGAGGUGUCUCACUCCUCGUGCCCUUCAAUUAAAGCUGCGCAGCAAACAAGCAGCGGUUACGAGGUGCUCCCCCCACCCACCCCCACCUCCCCGCCAGCCCUGCCAUUGGCACAUGGCGGAGGAGGAGGAGGAGGAGGAAGGCUCCUCUAGAAGGAGCUGCAAAACGCUCUCCUGGUGCUGCAGAGGUGGUGCUGUGAAGCCUGUUGGUAGCACGGGAACAGCCCCGGUUGUUCUUGUCGCAUGGUUUGCAUUCAGGGAGCACAGAGCUCACUGCCAACGUUUUUCUAUUCCUUGGCCUGGCAGCGCAUCUUCAGCUUCUGGGAAGGAGCUGCCCAUCCCCUGCGUGAAGAUCUUGUCAUUAGCUUAAUUGCAGGGUUGAUGGGAGCGUGUCACUGCCUCGGCAGCUCGCCAGCACCGGCUCUCAGUGCUGCUACCAGCCCCUGUGCCUCCAGGUUACCAUCCCUCACCUCCCCACUCUUUGGAUGGGGUGAAGAGGAGACGCCCAUCAUCUUCCCAUCAAGGAGAUUGUGAGCACGGCUAUGGAGAAAGCCUUGUAAACGCCAAGGAUGAGCCUAAAAUACAGAAUAAUCUCCACUGGCCGCAGGCAGCCAGCAGAGAAAAACGUUUCCACUCCUCUCCUGUGGUUUGUGUAGGAACAAAGCGUCGUGCACAACACGUACAUGGAGAUGCAGGAAGUAUUGAUGGCUGGGAAUCGAUAUCUCCAGUGGGAACCUCCUCACGGGCUGGUAAUCAAGUCUGAGAAAGCAACGCGAGUAGGACAAGAGGAGGAAGUGCCAGCUGGGCUGUGAGGGAGUGAUGGAGCAGUGAUGAGAGCUUCAGCAUUACCACCAGUGCAGGAGCACCUCGUCCUUGGGCAGAGCUGCUCUUCCUCAUGGCAUCGCUGCAGCCCACAGCCCUGUGCCUUCCAUUGCAUGCUCUGAGCUCAGAGCUUGCAUGUGGCACCCCCCCAGCUCUGCACCUUGCAACCUGCAGACCCCCAUCCUCACCAUGGCACAGCCCAGCAGUCCCUCUGCCUGGCACCAUGCACCUUGCACCCAUGCACCUUGAAUCACACAGCCUGCAUCCAUGCACCCUGCAUCCUUUAUUCCAUAAACUCUACACCCUUCAUCCCACACGUACUUUAUCCCUCACACCCCAAAGUCUGCAUCCAUGCACCCUACACCCUUCGUUCCCCACACACUACACCCUACGCCCCAUGCACCCUUCAUUCCAUUCACUUUGCUUCUCAUGCACCUUCAUCCAAUGCACUCUAAACCCUUUAUUCCAUGCACCGAACACACUCCAUCCCAUACACCCUUCAUCCAUUGCACUACACCCUGUAUCCCAUGUACCCUUAAUCCCAUGCACCUUUUGUCCUCAUACCCUACACCCUCCAUCCCAUGCACCCUUCAUCCAGUGCUCUACACCCACAACCCAAUGCAUCCUUAUUCCUACCCCUUCAUCCCUCCAUACGCCUAAUCACCCUCCAUCCCAUACACCCUUCAUCCAUUGCACUACACCCUGUAUCCCAUGUACCUUUAAUCCCAUGCACCCUUCAUACCCUACACCCUCCAUCCAAUGCUCUACACCCCACAUCCAAUACAUCCUUAUUCCUACCCCUUCAUUCCUCAUACCCUACACCCUCCAUCCAGUGCUCUACACCCAACACCCAACACAUCCUUAUUCCUACCCCUUCAUCCCUCAUACCCUACAUCCUCCAUCCAAUGCUCUACACCCCACACCCAAUGCAUCCUUAUUCCUACCCCUUCAUCCCUCAUACCCUACACCCUCCAUCCAAUGCUCUACACCCUCAUCCUCCACUCCGUCCCCUCCGCAGCCGGUUCAGCACCGCGGACAGCGCCUCGCCGGUCCCGGUACCGGUCCAGGUGCCGGUCCAGAUGCUCUAUAGGCACUGAGCCCACCAAGGGGACCUCUCCCUUCUCCUGGUCUCUAAGCACCAAAGAGAGCAAAGGAGGAGAGCUGGGACCAACAGGAGGAAAAGCACAAGAACCAAACUUCAACGUCCACCCAUAAACCCAAAGAGACGCCGACCUCUCAGCAGGAAACAAACCCUCAGACCCCCCCAUCCCUCCCCCAUAUUACAAAGCGAGACGCCCACCGCCCCUCCCAGCGCUCCAGCUGCUAUCCCAGGUGGGGUGAGCUCACCCCGAUGCUCUUUGCACCCACCCACCCACCAACCUCCUGCAGCACAGCCUCGGUUUUCCCUUCUGCCGACCUCAAUGCCUGCAAGGAAACGUCCUAAAAACACCAGGAGGAUAAAAAAGAAAGCAACCCAUAAAACAAAGCAACAACAAAACCCUACAACGUCCUCUCUGCAAACCCACAGACUGAAGCAUUUCUAUCCAGACUGAAGGAGGCUUCCGCAUGGGUUUGCACUUUGCCUCUGUACUGCUCGCUUCUUCUUGUUUUGUUUUGUUUUUUUAAAACGAUAGGGGAAAGCAUAAUAGUUUAUUUUAACUAUGAAAAUAUAUUGCUAUAUUACAAAGGUUAUUGUAACUUUCCAUUAUGGUUUUGUACCCGACCAGUUGUAGGCAGGCAGCGACUCCCCGCCUGCUGCUAAUGUCUGUUUCUGAGUACAGUCACUGCGGGGCUGGUGGGAGCUCCCUGCCCCCUCCCAGCACAACCCCCAUCCCGAUCCCUUCACCCCCCCCCAAGGCGUUAAUCCCCACUGGGAUCCUAAAUUCGUGUAGCACCGGGGCUUUGCUUUUCGCUUUUCUCAGCCUCCUUGAAAGCCAUUCCCUCUCCUGGUCCCAUUCGCCCUUUGGGAUGGAGGCUCUGGGGAUGGAGCAGUGCAGGGCGCAGCGCUUCUCCUUCUCUUUUGGGAUUUCAACAACCCAACUAUUUGGCUCAGAGCAGCCACGCAAUGUGUUGCUCUCCAAGUUCAGGGAUCGCCCAUCCAUCCUCCUCCUCCUCCUCCUCCUCCUCCUCCUCUUCUUCCUCUUCUUUGGGGUAGGAGGGCUGUGGGGUCCCACUCUCUUCUUCCUCUCAGGUCAACGAGUCCCCAGCAUGGGGACGAUGGGGUGAGGGCAUCCCCAUGUCCCCGCUGGUGGCACCACAGGUAAGGACGUGGCACAUGGAGGCUGUGGGGUGCCCUGGAGGUUUUUGUUUCUUUCCAUCUCAGGCUGUGGUUGUGUAGGAUGGAGGAGCAGCCCCCACGUUUAAUAGAGGGACAUGGUGAGGUCACAGGGAUCAUCCCAGCUCAGCCUUUCUGUGGGCAUCUCAGCGCUGUGUGCAGGAUGAGGUCUGUAGGGAAAUAGUCUUAAACCCCCCACCCUGAUCAGCCCUGCUCUGUGCUCCUGGCUGCUUCCUUCUAUAUGGAGCCACAGCCAGGGUUGGGCAUGGCACCCGGGACCAAUUCCUUGCUGCCUUCCUCCAGUACAAUCCCCUACACAGCUCCUCUAUCCCCACAGCACUGUUAUCAGUUAUCACUAUCACAGCCUGUUAACCCACCAGGAGCUGCAGGUCCUUGCAGCAGCUGAGAGCUCAGAGGGCUCCUUGUAGGGGUGAAGCCCCCCCAGCAGUUCCAGUUGCCCCUUAUUGGGCCCAGCUGGGGGGGCUUCUGGGGUUUAUAGGCCAGUAGGAGGAGAAGGGCUGGCUCCUUUCCUCCUGGGUGGUGGUGAGGGCAUUGCUGACCCCUCCUGCUGGGGCUGAGGUCUGUAGGGUGCUUGAGGCCCUUGUGCUCCUCCAUCCAUCUUGCAGCCCUGUGACCCCCAGGUAAGUGAGCUGGGGUAUCUCCCCUGGGGGGGGGGGGGGAUGUUGCUGUUGGGGGGCUCUGCUCUGCUUCCUGCCCCAUCUUCUGCCUGCUCAGCUCUGAGCUCCCUCCCCAAGGGCUGCAGGGGGGAUUUAAUGAGGGGAAGCCCUAUUGCUCGGGGGGUUCUUGCUUUUCCCCAUCUGUGCCCCAUUCCCUGAGCAAAGGGCAGCUCUGCAGCCCCCAGGAUGUGCUCUUCUCCGCCUCCUGCCCAUAUCAUUCCCCCCCCCUGCACUGCACAACCCAACAUGGCCCUAUAGAGCUGCUUGGGGCUGUGGUGAGGAUCCAGCCCCACACUCGUGUCCCUCCUCCCAGUCUGUGCAUGGCCCUGAAGCGGGGAAGGGAACGGGCCCUGCCUGUCCCAGCAGCAUUGCCAUAAACCGAGCUGUACCCAGAAACAGGCGCGUUUUAAACUAUGGCUUUAACCUGUUCACUGUAAAAAGUGCCUUGGACUUUAAUCUGAAGAGGUCAGUAUCUAUAAAUAUUUACCUGUGCGGGUGUGUAAGUAUGCAGAUCUCGAUGUAUGGUUACACACACAAAUAUAUGACAUAUACGUACCUAUAUAAACGCUUCAGACCCCUCUG